GGAAGAGCUCACCCACCAAAGAGAACUCAGGGGCAGUUCUAUUGGAGAGCUGAUGUGAUUCAAAGGAGAAAGGACAGUUUCGAAGCUCAGACGAGUGAAUAGCUGCAGAAAUUCAGUGAGCUCGGACAAAACUCUUUGGUAACCUCAGCAAAGGAAUAAAGCACCGGGGCAGAAGGACCUUCCGUCCCACGAUGACAUCGGUCCAGCGGCUCCUGCUGCUACUCUCCUUGGCUUUUGCCAGCGUCUGUGUCAACGUGGGGCAGCCAUUUCCAGAGGGGGUGGAGAACGAGGGAAAGAGCAAUCUGGAUGGCAUCCUCCAAAGGGCAGAAAACAUCAUCUUGAAGUCCAUUUUGAAGAAGGUGGACGAUGACAAAGAAGAUCCCAACAAAGAGCCAGGAGCUUUUCAGCCAGACUGGAUCUCGAAAAGGCAGCACCCUGGAAAGAGAUCUCUCUACGAUCUAGAAAAGAAGCAGCAUCCCGGGAAAGAGAAUGUGGAUGAGGAAUCUUACGGAGAAACUGUGAAGCGUCAGCACCCUGGGAAAAGAGAGGAAGAGGAUGAAUUUGAUCCCUACUCAGAAGUGCAGAAGAGGCAGCACCCAGGCAGGAGGUACCUGCGAGAACAAUACCUUGACCUCCCUAGCAGCAGCCAGCUAGCUUAUCUGGAUGAAUUCUCCAAAAGGCAACAUCCAGGCAGGAGGUACCUGACUUACAGCAAACGACAGCACCCUGGCAAGAGGAGCUGGGAGGAGGAGAUGGAUGAGGGCGAGCAGAACUUGGAGAAACGACAGCAUCCGGGCAAGAGGUACCUGGUGGAUGCAGAGAACCCAGACUACACUACUGUCCCCUGCGAGCCCCAGGAUUCCUUUGAAUGUAGCAAAGGCAGCUUGCUGCUAGAGUUGCUCGAUAACGUAAGCAAGGGCCGUGUCGACGAGAAGCGGCAACAUCCCGGAAGAAGGUCUUCGUGGGAUGGUGCGUUGGAGGAAGAGGAAUGAGACGUGGCCAGGGGGUGUGCUUUCUCGUUGUUUUCAUUCCUCCGAAUGAUUUCUCCCAGCCAUUCAAUGUUCCACCCAUAACCCUUUUUCUUCUUCCUUCCUUUCUGCUUGCUGAAACCUACUUCGCAGGUGAUUCUUUAUAGUGUGCUCCUUCCUGGUGGGCUAUGGUCCAGAUUUAGCAAUGCAUGGACACACGGAUUUCAUUUUAAGCAUGGCACUUUGUGCCCCCACCCCUUGAGAGGCAUGUGGCCAGGCGCACCCCCACAUGCUUAAAAUGGAACGUGUUAGUAAAGGAUGAUUCCAAUGUUUCAUUUCUUGUGUGGGCCAUAAGUUAAUACGGGACGAAACCCAUCCAAACGCAAGGGUAGUCAGAUGUCAGAUGUCAGUCUUCUUGAUGCUUGCAACUGGCAUUCCAGCUCCAAGAGAGUUUGCAAAUAGCACACUUCAUACUCAUCCCUAAGUAUGUUGUUUGCUGUUUUUGUAUAGCAUUUCCUUCGAUGGGGCUUCAGUCAGAGAAACACAGUGCCAGAAUCAGCUGCAGGUCCCUUUUAAUCCUGAAAAUUGGGAAGUGCUUCCAUCAAACGUAUGCCCAGUGGGUGUGCCCAUGUGGAAGAAACGAGAAAACCUGUGGAUAAAGGAGGGAGGGCUUAGGGCAGGACUCUGGCCACAUGGACAGCUUAGCCUGUGCAAGCCUGCAGUAGACAGAGUGGUUUGCCUUUUCUUUUAAAAGGGAAACCAUUUUAUGCACUGACGAGAUGACUCGUCAUGCAGGCAGCAAGGACCACGACGGUCCAAACACUAUUGCAAUGAAGAAAAAAAAUCCACAAAGAGCCUGAUCCACAAAUAUAAGUAACACCAGUGUGUGUGUGUGUAGAUUUCUGACUGGGGUCAGUAUUCCCCAACCUUUAUAAGUGAAUUCCAUCCAUAUCCACACAGGUUCCAUGAAGCUACUUUUCCUGUUCUGGAACUUUUUAUGCAGGGCCUCUAGCUAUUCUCCAUGUGGCAAUGCUGCUUUCAAGUGGUCUUGAUGAUAGGGAAUUGUGAACAGCCACUGCCUUCUCUAUUCUGCCAAAGGUGGAUUGGACUGAUAUCUUGCUAAUGAACAGGAUUAAUGUGCAUAGAGAAAUGGCAUGCCUGUUUAGCAAAUCUGACAUUUGCUAUUAUCCUUUGCCCUAAAAGUGACUCAUAGUAGUGCACGGUUUUGUUUGGAAAACCCACAGCUGAGAAUCCUCACAGGGCCUGGGUUCCAGUAUGCCGUCUUUGAAUCAAUGUCUCACUUUGUUUCCAAAUAAGGAUUAAUUACAAUAAAUAUUUUAAAUUGCAGCAAGCAGGCGUCUUUGUCUCAUUAUGUGGAUUUUCAUUUGUAAAAUAUGGAAAAGUUUGCUGUUGUCCCAAAAAGGAAUGUUUUCAAUUUCUGUAGACAAAUGGAGUUUAUUUACCAUAAACAAAUCAAUAAAUAUCCAUAAUUAACAGUGCUCCCUUGUUCAGUUAUCCUUUUCGGUCAUACGAAAGCAAAUAAACAAUGUGCCAAAUGAUCAAUGCCCUCCUAAAUUUAAAAAAGGGAAAAAAAUUCAACCCAAACUGUGAUGGAGGAAAACAGAAUUUUUUAAAGUCAAAACUUGUGUAUGGUGAUGAUGACAUGUUUGUAUAUAGCAGUGGUUUAUUACUGAUG